AUGCAUUUUUGUUUAAAUUUGAAACAUUAUAAAUUCAAACACUUUAAACUUCAACACAAAAAAGUUCAAUUGUCAGAACCAACCGAAACUUAUUCAAUCGAAUCAAUCUCAACCGACCAAAACGAAAUUGAUCAAUUCAAUGAUUUAACUGAUAACAACAAUAACAUUAAUGAUAACAACGAAAGCAAAUACAACAACGACGACAACGACGACACCAGCAAUUACAACAAUGACUAUUUUAAUGAUUACAAUAACUUUACUAUUAAUCAAAACGGAAAUAGCACCAACUACAAUGAUGAAAAUGAAACAGAAAGUGUUUUUAGAACUUUUUUCAUGAACCCACAAACUUCAGAAACUACUCAAAUUAAUGAAUCAGAAAUCAAUAUUAAAGACUUGUUAAAAAACAAAGAAAAUCUUGACACUGAAAUUGAUGAUUUCAAUUGUGAUUCAAACACUAGAGCUAAUAAUUUAUCAAAAGAUUAUUAUCAUUUGUCUAAAAAGGAAAAAAGAAGAAGUUAUUGUAUGCCAGAUGAUCAAGAACCAAUCGAAACAAGAAAAAGAAGUAAAUCAUGUCCAAUUAAACUUAAAGGUUUUAAUAAAGUUAGAUUUGGAGCAGUUUUUAUUUGUGAUUAUGAAACAAAUCAAUAUGUUGGUGAUUUACAUUGGAAAUAUACAUAUAAAUAUCCUGGUAGUGAUGACGAAGAAGAAGAAGAUGAUGAUGAUGAAGCUUAUAAUAAAUUUAGAAAUCCAUCUAAACUUGAAUCAAUGAAACAAGAAAUUAUGUUAUUUUUAUCUGAUAAUACUUAUAAAUUGAAAAAAAUGUUCAAUUUUAGUGAAGAAAUUGCUAACUUCAAAAAAAAAGUUCAUUCAAGUAUUAUUUUAAUUGAAAAUUCAAAAGAUGUUAAAUUUUUAUUUAAAACUGCUAAACAAGUUCAAAAAACAUCAAAAUCUGAAUGUUCAUUAUUUGAAAAAUUAGUUGCGACUGCUUUCUCGAUUCAUUCAAUGGUUUUUAAUCAUUAUGAUUUAUAUAAGAAUAUGUAUUCAUAA